AUGAGUCAAAAAUCAUUUUGGGAACAAAUGAAAGGGUUUCCCACUUUUCAAUUAACUUUAUUAUGUUUAUUAAGAUUAGGUGAACCAUUAGUAUUCACUUCGAUAUUUUCAUAUAUAUUUUUUAUGAUUCAAGAUUUUGGAGUUGCUAAAAACACAGCAGAAAUAUCAACUUAUGCUGGUUAUUUAUCAUCAACUUUUGCAAUUUUCCAAUUUUUAUGUUGUGUUCAACAUGCUCAAGCUUCUAAUAGAUUUGGUAGAAAACCUAUAUUGUUGUUUGGGGUGUUUGGUACUGCUAUAUCCAGUAUCAUAUUUGGGUUUAGUCAAAGUUUUACUAUGGCAAUGGUUGCUAGAUCAUUAAUGGGAGCAUUAAAUGGUAAUAUUUCAGUAUUAAGAGUAGCUGUUGGUGAAAUUGCAACUGAAAAAAAGCAUCAAAAUAUUGCGUUUUCAGUAUUGGCAACUACUUGGAAUGUUGGUGCUGUAAUUGGACCCUUAAUUGGAUCUUUUCAUUUAUUCACAAGACCUAAAGUUAGAGUUGAAAAUUAUAAUGAAUUUGUUGACAAAUAUCCUUAUGCAAUGUCAAAUAUUGUUUUAGCUGGAUAUUUAAUUUUUAGUAUGAUUUUGGGAUUUUUGUUUUUGGAAGAACCUUCAAAGGAAUUCAAAGGAAGAAAAGAUUAUGGAUUGGAAACUGGAAAUUGGAUCUUGGAGAAAUUAGGAAUUAAGAAAACUAAAAUUAAAGAAGCAGAAGAAGAAUACCAAGAAGAAGGAGAGAGAGAAGUAUUAUUACCAGCUGAGGAAGUUUACAAUUCAUUAGAAGACGACGAAGAAGAAGUUAUUGAUAGUACUUUAGUUUCUGGAAGGUAUGGACAAGCAGCAAGAAGAAGAUAUUCAUCAGAACAAUUAGGACCAGUUGUUUCUAAUAAUCAAUUAACUACAAAUGUACAACAAUCUUAUUUUAGUAGAGAGGUCUGGACUGGACCUGUCAUACAAUCAGUAUUAUCUAAUUUUUUAUUAUGCUUUCAUUCAGUUUUGUAUUCUGAAUUUUUACCAGUUUUGUUGGCAAGUCAGUUGGUAAGAUUAGAAUGGCCCUUCACAAUCGCGGGUGGUUAUGGUUGGUCCACUGAAGAUAUUGGUAAAUUAUUGUCUACUACUGGUAUAGUAGGUACAUCAUCUGUUGUUUUAUUAUUUCCAUUUUUAGAUCACCACCUCCGAACAAUUACAAUAUUAAGAAUGUCAUUCGUUUUGAUCCCAUUUGCAUAUGCUUCAAUUCCAUAUUUCUUGUUUUUCAAACAAGACUACGAUCCUUCAAAUCCAUCGUGGUUAUCAACAUUUUCCAUUUAUCUGGUUGCAUUACUUUUAUCAACAGUUGUUUCAAUAAGUUUUUGUGUUUCAAUGAUAAUGGUUCAUAGAUCAUCAGCUGUUCCAUCUCAUAGAGCUUUUAUUAACGGUGCAGGUAUAAGUUUAAAUUCUUUAGCUCGUGGUAUAAGUCCUAUUUUAUUUGGUCACUUUAUGACAUGGUGUAAUGAAAAUGAUGUUGGAGGUAUACCUUGGCUUGUAUUAGGUAUCAUGGCGUUAAUAUGUUUAAUUCAAUCAUUUUUCAUGGAUGAAUAUGAUGAAAUAUAG